GAGCGAGAGAGGGAGAGAGCAAGUGAGCAAGAGAGACGGCACACUCUCUCUUUUGCUGCUACAACGGAUCCUUUCCACAACGACGCUGCUGUUAACGUCACGCCUGUAAGCCGCGCUUGCCCGGCGUUUGCCUCCUCUGCCUUGCUCCUUUCCCUAGUUAGAUGCUGCAUUGACAAGGGGUUGCUGAAAACCACCAGAAAAGGAGGAGUGGGGAAUUAAAGACAACUGGAAACAAGAAGAAACAAAGCGGAGAAAGGAGGGAGAAAAAAAACUGUGCACCAUCCAUUCUCCCUCUAACCCACCUCGAUCAACUGCGCUUCGAUACCCCCACUUCUCUGGGCACCCCUUUCCAUCCCCCACCCCCAUUCUCCUUCUGAAGAAAUUGACGGAUUAUUGGGAAGUACACGGGAGGCAGGCGGCAACUGCUGCUGUGUGUGCUCGCUACUGCUGCUGUGUGCUUCGCAGGGAUGGUGUGUGUUCGUUUGCAACUGCUGCUGUCGCAUCCGCGGCUGUCGAAGCUGGAGCGUGUGGCUAGUUAAGAGGACUAAGAAGCUAAUGAAAGCAGUGUGCAUCGCCUAGAUUUUUCAACCUGUGCCAAGCGUUCUGAGGAAAGAAAAAUUGAAAAUCAAGUGGACACGACGCGACUAUUUAAAAAAAAAACCAGGAGUGAAAGAAAGGAAGAAGGGCUAUGAGGACUGACUAAUCGACCAACUGAUUGACUCCUAAAAAGUGAAAAAAAAUAAAAUAAAGGAAUAUACCGAAGGCAGAAUGUCUGCUUUUAUUUUUACUCUAUAGCUUCCUUUUAAUUGCCAAACAAAAGGCAAAAAGAACACUGUACAGGACUGGGGAAUUCUUCAACCCACCUCCAUUCACUGCUUCUCUCCUUUUUUCUUUUUAAAUUUUUGCCUGAGGCAGAAAAAAAAUACACGUGUGUUCCAGUGGCUGCCUGUACUAUGGAGACUUGGGUAAGGUGUACAGCAGGGGAAUCAACUGUCGGAUUCCAAGGACAAGUGAGAGAAGAGGAGCCGACAGCAAGAAGCAAGCAAGGGAGCACCGCUGCUUUGGGAGCUUGACUGGAUUCCUUCUUACGGUCUUUUUACUUUUUUUCCUCAUCAGUACAUAAAAAGGAGAAGAAGAAAAAAAAAACACUCACAAAAAGGCCUUCGAACCUUUCUCUUUGGAUGUAUGGAUUUACAAAAGGGCUCAUCUUGGCUAAGCUCUUUGGCACUGACACCUAUUUUGACAGGGCAAAUAAAGGUUUUCUUUGCUGCUCUUGGAUAUAAAUACAUCUGAUGCGAAAACCACAGCUGUGAUUGCAAAAAGGAGGGAAGCUAUAUAUCUCAGUUCAAGGACCUGUAAUAAUAACUUGAGAAAAGCCAGCCCUCCCUCCCUCCACUUGUCCUUCUGUCCCUGACAAUUUAUGGAAACAUAAGAACUACAUAAUUGAGGACGCGCACGUCCUCCUCCCUUAUCCUACUCUUUUCCUAUUCCUUCUGUUUUUACUCUGAUCUCCUCAUCAAUACUACCAGCCAUACAGCUACUAUUCUCGUCCUCAACCCCACCAAACACCUGCCCCAAACAUCCCCAUCCUCCCCCCCCAGAUGAUGCUGAAUUAUGAAUGUGCCACAUCAUGAGUCUCCUGGGGCGGGUAGCUGCGCAACGUGCCAGGAAAGCCGCCCUGCUCUGUAUAGUCUUCCUGAUGGCGCGAGCGUGGAGCAGCGCCUCCCUGGCCUCGGCGGGGGCGGCGGUCUCUUUAGGACCCCAGGGCUGUCCACCCCAGUGUUCCUGCAGUAAUCAGCAGGGGAAAGUGGUGUGCACCCGGCGGGGCCUGACACGCGUGCCCCCUGGAAUUCCUGCCAACACGCGACACCUCAAUCUAAUGGAAAACGCCAUUGAGGCGGUGCAGGCUGACUCGUUCCGCCAUCUGCACCACCUUGAGGUGCUCCAGCUUGGGCGAAAUGCCAUACGGCAGAUUGAGGUGGGCGCGUUUAAUGGACUGACCAGCCUCAACACAUUGGAGCUGUUUGACAACCGGUUGACAGUGGUGCCAAGUGGAGCCUUUGAGUACCUGUCUAAACUAAGAGAACUAUGGCUACGAAACAACCCAAUUGAGAGUAUUCCCUCCUACGCCUUCAACCGGGUACCCUCACUCAUGCGACUGGACUUGGGAGAGUUAAGGAAACUGGAGUACAUCUCAGAAGGAGCUUUUGAGGGGCUACAAAACCUCAAGUACCUGAACCUGGGAAUGUGCAACAUAAGGGGUGAUAUGCCAAACCUCAGUCCCCUAAAGGGCUUGGAGGAGCUGGAGAUUUCAGAAAAUCUGUUUCCAGUGAUAAAACCAGGUUCCUUCAGAGGUCUGCGCUCCCUCAAAAAGCUAUGGGUGAUGAACUCACAAAUCACUGUAAUAGAGCGCAAUGCUUUUGAUGGCCUGUCUUCACUGGUGGAACUAAAUCUGGCCCAUAAUAAUCUAAGUGCUGUGCCACACGACCUGUUUCCCCCGCUCAAGUACCUGGUGGAACUUCACCUCCACCAUAAUCCUUGGAACUGUGGCUGUGAGGCUGUGUGGUUGGCACAGUGGCUAAGAGAGUACAUCCCAACUAACUCAACUUGCUGCGGACGCUGUCACUCACCGGCCAUCAUGAGAGGACGACAGUUAGUUGAUGUAGACAGAGGUGAAGGGGCUGCAAUCCAGUGUUCUGCACCAUUCAUUGCUGAUGCCCCACGGGACUUAAACAUCUCAGCAGGAAGAGUGGCUGAACUUCGUUGCAGAACAGCCCCCAUGUCUUCAGUGCGCUGGCUUCUACCUAAUGGGACUAUCCUGACACAUGCCUCUGGUCACCCGAGAAUAUCAAUCCUCAAUGAUGGUACCCUUAAUUUCUCAAAUGUCCUUGCAUCAGACACUGGCACUUAUACCUGUAUGGUAUCUAAUGCAGCUGGGAACUCCAAUGCAUCAGCAUACCUCAAUGUGAGUGCAGCAGAGCUAAACACAUCGAACUUGAGUUACUUUACAACAGUGACUGUGGAGGUACUUGGUCCAACCACCGAGAUGCCCAAACCCAAAACUACUACAACUACAGCUGCUGUGGGUGUUGGAGUUGCUGGAGGAGGAGGAGCAGGCCUCGGGACAACAACUACAACUGCAUCUCCUUCAGUCUUUCAGCCAGUCUUCAUCUCAACACCAACAGUGCUGUUGCAAAAUACUGACAGUGCAGCAAAUGCAGUUAAAACAUCUGCGUUACCAGGACUGAGAGGUGCCAAUGGCAAACCAGGCAAGUCUGGGCCUAGCCUGGAUGAAGUGAUGAAGACCACUAAAAUCAUAAUAGGUUGCUUUGUGGCAGUGACACUGCUGGCUGCUGUCAUGCUAAUUGCCUUUUAUAAAUUGAGAAAGCGCCACCAGCAGAGAAGCACAGUGGCAGCUGCCCGUACAGUUGAGAUUAUCCAGGUGGAUGAGGAGGACCUUCCACCACCAGCAUCUGCAGCUCAAGAGUCAUCACUCACGUUGCCUGAAAUUCGAGACCACAACAGCAUACACAAGUUGGAUUUUAUCAGCCACAAGGCAGACUAUAGCUUUCAUAAACCCAAGGCUGAAUAUAAACCCCAACCGGAUUUUACUCUACACACUCCCAAAGCUGAAUAUACAACAUACAAGCCAAACAUGGACUUCAGCAGCCACAAAACCAUUGCAGAUUACAACAUGCACAAAUCAACACCAGAUUUCAGCCUUCACAGAACAAAGCCAGACUGCAGCCCAUUUAGACAGGACUACGGCGCUCACAAAACUAAAUCGGAAUACAGUCCAUUUAAACCUGAUUUUGGCACUCACCCAAAAGUUAAAACAGAUUACAGCCCAUUCAAAGCAGAUUACAGCACUCAUCCCAGGCAAAGAUCGGACUUUAGCCCAUUCAAAAGAGACUACAGCACCCAACCAAAACCCAAACAUGACUAUAGUCCCUUAAAAUCUGACUACAACAUGCAAAAUAAGUCUAAAGUGGAAUACAGUCCAUUUAAGCAUGACUUUGGUACCCACCCAAGGUCCAAACCUGAUUAUAGCCCAUUCAAACCUGAUUAUAGCACUCAGCCUAAACCCAAAAUGGACUACAAUUCACAGAGACCGAAAACGGACAUUACCUACAAAACAAAAGAACAUUAUACCCCCCACAAGACUGCACCUGAUUACAAUGCCUUCAAGUCCGAUUUCAGUCCCCACAAAGUGGAUUACAGCGCCUUCAAGUCUGACUUCAGCCCUCACAAUCAGAGACCUAAACUUGAUUGUAGUCCUCAUAAAAUGGACUACAGCCCCCAUAAGGUGGACUACAGCACUCUAAAGGCCAAAUACAACACCUAUAAACCAUCUGGUCAAGGGGCUAAAUGGACAGACAAUAAUGUUGGGAACUCUUUGCCUCGAACCCUACCUAGCGCCAUCACAGCAAUGGCUGAGCCCUAUGUCAUAAAAACUCAUACCAAGGAGAAAGUACAGGAGACUCAGAUUUAAAAAUCUCCCUGCCCUAAAGGCUUUCACUCCUUUAACUAUGUCCCAAGGUUCCAACCACCCUGCUCCACUUUGCCCUUUUUCUUUUCAUCAUUUAAGUCAUGCAAUAGAAUGCACAAAAAAAUAACAGGAACUACUUUUUGUACAGAGUGCAAACUUUAAAAGACUGAUGAUUUAUUGUUGUACAUGCUUAUAAAUAAAUAUAUAUAUGGACAAACUGAAGCUACCAUGGGUUGGUGAUAGAGAAACAUAUAUCAAAAAGAAAUUGAAACUAUUUUCUAACUUGUAACUUCUAUUUAAAACAAUGAGUUGUUUAAGAUGCUGUCUUAAGUUUGACAAAUGAGGGUAGUCUUGUUUUAAAAUGGGGCAUUCUGUGUGAUUUUUACACCAUGCUAGAGAGAAAGCCGUGAUAAGAAAGAUUAUUUAUACAGAGAAGACUUUCUUUAACAAAAACCGUAUAAAGGUCAGUGUCGAUCUUUACAGGUUUAUCUUGUAAAAGCACCAAGAAUUUGUACUGUGCCAAAUGUUAUAAAUGCAAUAAAAAGGAUUUUUGGAAGA